AUGCUUAUCUCUUCCGAUCUUAUACCCGAAGCCCAUAGAGUGAACCAUGUUGGUUUGGGAUUAUUAAAUUCUCCUAAGAAGAUCAACAUUGGACCAUUAAUAUUUAUUAAUCCAGAAAAAGGGGAAAUGUACUCCUUUUGCCGGCUGAACUCAAAUCUAGUUGGAACUGAUGGAAAGAUUCAUAAUGGCGUGAUUUCAACAUUAAUGGAUGAGUCCUUGUGCUUUUGUGGAUUCCCAAAGCUUCCAUCCAAGAGAGGUGUGACGGCACGAUUAAGCAUCAACUAUCAUGCAAAGGCAGCCCCAGAUUCGAUGGUAAUGCUUGUAGCAAAGGUUACAAACCAUCAUAAUAGGAAAUGUGUUAUAAAUGGUCAUAUUGAGACAUAUGACGAAAAAUCGUUGAAAAAACCGGAGGUGAUUGCGGACGGUGAAUGCAUUUUAGUUCAGCCAAAAUGGUUCAAGUAUUUUGACUGGGUCCAUCUUUUCUAA